GCUAGCUCCUUCGGGCUCGCCACCCGCCGGUGACCGCUCCCAGAGUCCUCCUCCCCGGGCCACGAGCCCGCCACCCGCCCGGCCCGGUGGGUGGGCGCGGGGCCGCCUGUACCCGUUGGCGGCGGUGACUCGGCGACCUUGGCUAGGAGGUUCUAGCGGGGAUCCACCGACGGUGGCGACAGCGGCGCGGACUUUGCACAGCACGGGGCGCGGAGCGGACUGCGUGUCCGCAGGUGGGCCGAAGAGAUGUUGGCAUUCGCGGUCAGGACCGUGCCCAGGCAAGUGGCUGCCUCUUGCUAGGCUCCGCUCGCCCACUUGGUAGCACAGUUAGGCUUAGAGAUCCAGCCCAAGGCAGACAGACAGGGCUCAGAACCUCAGUCCUGCCAUGGAGGACGGGCAGCAGAAGGAGAAGGUGAAGCCCCUGGGCUUCCUCAAGCCUUCUUCCCUGACAAAGGCCGCCGGCCGUUUCAAGGCGCACCAGGAUGCCCUGCCCCGGCUGCCGGUGCCGCCGCUCCAGCAGUCCCUGGACCACUACCUGAAGGCGCUGCAGCCCAUCGUGAGCGAGGAGGAGUGGACCCACACCAAGCAGCUGGUGGAAGAGUUUCAGGCUUCGGGGGGUGUGGGAGAGCGCCUGCAGAAGGGGCUGGAGCGCAGGGCCACGAAGAUGGAGAACUGGCUGUCCGAAUGGUGGCUCAAGACGGCCUACCUCCAGUACCGCCAGCCCGUGGUCAUCCACUCCAGCCCUGGCCUCGUGCUGCCCAAGCAGGACUUCGUGGAUCUGCAGGGACAGCUCCGGUUUGCUGCCAAAGUCAUCGAGGGCGUGUUGGACUUCAAGGCCAUGGUUGACAGUGAGACCCUGCCCGUGGAGCACCUCGGGGGCAAGCCGCUGUGCAUGAACCAGUACUACCAGAUCCUGUCCUCCUGCCGCGUGCCGGGCCCCAAGCAGGACUCGGUCGUCAACUUCAGCAAGACCAAGAAGCCGCCCAUGCACAUCACCGUGGUGCACAACUACCAGUUCUUCGAGCUGGACGUGUACCACAGCGACGGGACUCCCCUCACCUCGGACCAGAUCUUCGUGCAGCUGGAGAAGAUCUGGAACUCGUCACUGCAAACCAACAAAGAGCCCGUAGGCGUCCUCACCUCCAACCACCGCAAUUCCUGGGCCAAGGCGUACAACACCCUCAUCAAAGACAAGGUGAACCGGGACUCGGUGCGCUCCAUCCAGAAGAGCAUCUUCACCAUGUGCCUGGACGGAGUCAUCCCGCGGGUGUCGGAGGACAAGUACCGCAGCCAGGUGGCGGGCCAGAUGCUGCACGGGGGUGGCAGCAAGCUCAACAGCGGCAACCGCUGGUUCGACAAGACGCUGCAGUUCAUCGUGGCGGAGGACGGCUCCUGCGGGCUCGUUUAUGAGCACGCGGCCGCCGAGGGCCCCCCCAUCAUCUCCCUCGUGGACCACGUCAUUGAGUACACGAAGAAGCCCGAGCUCAUGCGGUCUCCCAUGGUGCCCCUGCCCAUGCCCAAGAAGCUGCGGUUCAACAUCACGCCCGAAAUCAAGAAUGAUAUCGAGAAGGCCAAGCAGAAUCUUAGCAUCAUGAUCCAGGACCUGGACAUGAUCGUGGCGGUGUUCCACCACUUCGGGAAGGACUUCCCCAAGGCGGAGAAGCUGAGCCCUGACGCCUUCAUCCAGAUGGCGCUACAGCUGGCCUACUUCAGGAUAUACGGGCAGGCCUGUGCCACGUACGAAAGCGCCUCCCUGCGCAUGUUUCACCUGGGCCGCACGGACACCAUCCGCUCGGCCUCCAUGGACUCGCUGGCCUUCGUCAAAGCCAUGGAUGAUGCCAACGUGUCGGAGCACGAGAAGGUGGAGCUGCUGCGGAAGGCCGUGCAGGCCCACCGAGCCUACACCGACCGGGCCAUCCGCGGGGAGGCCUUCGACCGGCACCUGCUGGGCCUGAAGCUGCAGGCCAUCGAGGACCUGGUGAGCAUGCCGGACAUCUUCAUGGACACCUCCUACGCCAUCGCCAUGCACUUCAACCUCUCCACCAGCCAGGUCCCCGCCAAGACAGACUGCGUCAUGUUCUUCGGGCCUGUGGUCCCAGACGGCUACGGCAUCUGCUACAACCCCCUGGAGUCCCACAUCAACUUCUCCGUGUCGGCCUACAACAGCUGCGCCGAAACCAACGCCGCCCGCCUGGCGCACUACCUGGAGAAGGCGCUCCUGGACAUGCGUGCUCUGCUGCAGGGCCACCCCCGGGCCAAGCUCUGAGGCCCCUACGCUCGGGCCUGCCGGUGCCGCAGCCAAGCCGCCUUCGGGUGGGCCACCCACCAGGGCUCCGCUCUCUGUUCCCCGUCCCCCUGGGCCCCGCAGGUCCAGCUGAGCCAGGGCCAGCACCACACGCUCAGUGGGGCCCGCGGGCCCCAGCCAAGUGCCUUCCGUGGGCCGCGUCCUGGGCUGUGUUCAGAGGCCGGGCGCCCCAUGUGUACCCCACAGAGGCCUUCCUCUGGGGAAAGGAGCCGGCCGAGCCCGUCCCCCGCCAGGGUGGGGGAUGGGGAGUCCUUUUCUCGGCAGGUCCCCUCUGGCCCGCCCGUCCCCACCGUCUGCGCAGCAUGCUCAGAUCUGUACCCUGGCCCUCGGACUCCCGAGGACCUCUGGAGCGGGGGUGGGGGGGCGGGGACACUCCAGGCAACCCCAAGGCUGAGAGGCCAGGUGCGAGGUGUCCUGGGAAAGGGGGAGCCCGGGCCGCCCGCCCGCGCCCUGCACCGUGAGGCCGUCUCCCGCAGGACCGCCGCGCUCCUCUGGGGAAUGCGGCCCGAGAACCCCGCCUCGUUCGCCUCCGCCCGGUCGGACUCCUGAGCCACGCUCCUGGUUGUAUCAUAGUAACGCUCCAGGUGUUAAUAAAGGGAAAGUCUGUUGGUAAA